UUAAAAUUAAAAUAUAAAACCAAGGUUUAAAACCAUUGAUUAGUGUAAGAAAUGAGAAUUUAACGGUUUGUGUUAAUUAUGUUUCGAGAUAGUAAAUAGAAUAUAUGGAUGGUUCCAGCUAAUUGCCCUGAAAUGGGAUUUGGUUGAGUUUGCAGGAGCUGUUUGUUAUUCUUGUUUGAGGUUUGUUUUUCUCGUUAAGGUGUCUUCCCACAUUCAUGCCAAGGAAGCUUUUCGUCCAUCCUCCUUCAACCUCUUCUGUAAAAAACAAAAAAAAAAAUCCUUCAGUUACAAUCCCAGUUCAGUCGUGCUACAGUUUGUUAUACCCGCAAUGAACCAGCUCCAAAUGUUGUCCUCCUUAUUAUAAAUUCAGAAAUCACACCACCUUGAACAUGGAAAUCCCAAAAACCACGUAAAAAGAAAAAAACCAUAAUCAUAAUAAUGGCUCGUGUUAGUAACUAUAUCAUUUCAAUCAUCAAUGUCAUCUUCAUAAUCUUUGGCCUCGUAGCUUUAGGCUUAGGCGUUUAUAUUCAUGUACACGGUGUCAACCAUUGCCAAAAGCUUAUGCAAAACCCUCUCUUGAUAAUGGGUGUUUUUGUUCUGGUGAUGUCAUUGUUAGGGUUAUUGGGUUCAUUUCUGAAAGACAAUUCUCUUCUUAUGCUUUAUUUGGCUAUGAUAUUCUUUCUUAUUUUUGGGCUAAUAGUAAUGACAAUUACAGUUUUUGCAUUCGUGGUUACGCAUAAAGGAGAUUCUGGGAUUAAGGCAAAUGAUGGAUUAGGGUUUAAGGAAUAUAGAUUGGAAGAUUUCUCAAAAUGGUUGCAGAUGCAUGUUGUUGAUACAUAUCACUGGAUUCCAAUCAAGAAUUGUUUGAUUGAUGCUGGGGUCUGCCAGACUCUUAGCCAGAAUGCUACCCAGAAGGAAUCUGAUUUUUACAUCAUGAAAUUGACUCCACUUCAGGCAUCACAAAAUCAAAUAGCUGGUAUGGAUUUUUUUCAGUUUCUUAUACUGUUGGUAUGUAUGUUUCUUCAGUCGGGUUGCUGCAAGCCACCAACAUCAUGUGACUUAGAAUACAAGAACGCCACAUUCUGGACAGUGCCAACGUCAGGGCUUCCCAAGAAUACUGACACAGACUGCACCACAUGGAACAAUAAGCAAGACUUGCUGUGCUACGAUUGCAAUUCUUGCAGGGCAGGAUUCCUAGCCAACUUAAGGAACAGUUACAUGCUUCUUGCUCCCUAUAACAUCUUAACCAUAUGUUUUCUUUUGCUUACUUAUUUCGUUGGUUGCUGUGCCAGGAGAAGCAUCAAGUAUCGGUAUGUUAAAUACAGUCCUUAUAUUUCUGCUUAAUUUGCUUUUAUUUCUUCAUUAGGUCUUGGUGUAUAGAGAAAUUGGCCCAAGAGUUUAAUGGGAUGUUUCGGAUUCAAAAUCUCAACUAGCUAGCUAGUCAUGAACAUUCUUACGUUUGUAGAUUUUAUUCAGUUUUGUUUAAAGGAUUUUCACUUUGUGUA